AUGGUUGGCAUUAGAUGGAGUAGUUUCUGUUCAGUGACUAGGCUCAUCAGCCGAAGGCGUGAUCUCUUCAACUUCUGCGACCCAGAUGAGUCUGGGAACAUCUCUAAGGAAGAGUUCCAGGGUGCGUGGGACCUGCUCGUCGACCUUCCCCCGGAGGUCUUCGGCAUGGAGGGCACUUCGCUGAAGGGCAGCCCAGAGCAGGCCUGGGAAGCUGCUGCCGGCGACGAGCGCAGCCACCUCACCUUCGCCCAGUUCGCGAAGUGGGCGGCAGCGGACAUGAAGAUUCAGCUGCCUGUGGGCGUGGAUCCGUCCGACACUGCCGCAGAUCGGCCGUGCCGCUUCCAGUACAAAGACCGCUGCCCUUGCGUGAAUUUCAAGGCCACGGCUGCGAAUCCGACGAUGUGCGAGUGCGGCCACAAGAGCUCCGCACACCUCUCUGAUGUGGCCCUGAUGACACAGGAAGAGCAGGAGGUCUUGAACAAGCUGAAGCGUAGGGCGCUUGGCCGUGGUGCCUCCAAGACCUCGCUGUUCGCGCCUGCCAGGAAGCCCGGUGUUACCUUCGUUACAGAUCCAGAAGUCCUGGCGGCAUUGCAAGAGCUGCUGUCGCAGACCCACAAGGAUCAUGACAACUGGACUCGCGACAGAGGCUGUGCGCUCCAUGGGCGCCACCGCUGUGAGGCCAGCUGCCUCUUCCGACACAGAGCACCGGUUCCCACUGGCUACAAGCUCAUUCGUGCCGAGAGGAACAGAAAUCCUGCCCUGUACCACACAUACGCCACGACUCGAGGCGCCAUCAAGCAGGAGACCAUUAUUGGCAGCCUCCCUUUUGUCACGGUCAGUCCCAAGAGUGCCUGUGAUAUUCCACACGAAGAGAGUUUGGAUCCGCAGGUGAACGAGUGGCGGUUGCUCCAUGGUACCAGCCUCCAGGCGUGCAAAGGCAUUUGUGCAUCCAACUUCCGGCUGAAAAUGGCUGGAAGUGGGGCGACCUGGAAAGAGCCUGGCAUGGGCACUGGACGACCCUUGUACGGCUACGGAGUCUACUGUGCAGAGAGCUCCACCAAGGCCGACGAGUAUGCAGAGGAGAUCCGUGGCGGGCUGCCCAGCGACGAAGGUUGCCAUGCGAUGCUUGUGUGCCGUGUUGUGGGCGGCCUUUGUCGCAUCGUGGACACGAAUGAGUUUGACCCAGAUGACUUGCGGCAGGAUGUGCUGGAUGGGCCUUACCACUCCGUCCUUGGCGAUCGUGUUGUGAAGCUUAAGAUGCUGGCCGCGCAAGCAACACCACCGACAACCUCUCACACACGAAGCCACAUCCAUGUCACCCUGCUGGCUCCAUGUGGUCAUGACGGUGCGGCCGUGAAGCCAUUCCGGGAGAUCGUUGUCCAUGACAACAACCAGAUCUUCCCAGAGUUCAUUCUGUACUACAAGAGGCUGGGCAUUCCAGAGUGA